AGGUGGAACACUCAACUAUGAAGCCGAAUUCAGUACGGAACAAGAGAAAUAUCAAUGAUGUUAAGAUGAUAGAACGGCGAAUCAAGCCAUAAUGUCAGAGAAAAUGCCAUGAUGGUGCUCCAUGGCACCAGGAUAAAACUUCUCGGAUGCUUCCUGGGCCUACUCAGCCUUGCAUCACUGACAGCGAACAACUCAAGAUGCCCCAGCUUGGCUGCUAACCCUUCCUGUCCAUGUUUUCAUUUCGAAGACGGAAUAUUUCUAGAAUGUCCAGCAGCAACCGUGAACUCCCUAAGAUCGGUCCUUCAAAUAAUAGAGGGUCCCAUACAAUCCCUCAGCAUUUACGAAUUAGAUAAGUCUAUAACGAAACUAACGUCCAGUUUUUUUCCCAACAAUACAAUAGUGAAACACCUGCAAAUUUCCCAGUCACAAUUGACGGAGUUGUAUGAUGACAGCCUCUCCUCGCUGAAGAAAGAUUUAGAGUCUCUGAGUUUGGUGUCGGGUAAAUUGCAAGAGAUCCCUGAAAAAUCGUUCAAGGGCCUAACGAAACUGAUUGCUCUUAAUUUAGAAUCGAACGAAAUCACUGAUCUGCCUAGCUACAGUUUCCAUGGCCUGCACUUAGUCAAGCUGAAUAUUAAAGGAAACCAGGUCCAGAAAGUUUCCGAGUACGCUUUCGCCGGACUGGAAAGUUAUUUAUCGGAGUUAGACAUGGCGGAGAACAAGAUACAAACUUUUCCAAUGUUGGCUUUGAGGAGGCUGGAUCGCUUGAAGUUACUGAGACUCGCCUGGAACGAAAUAAAAACAUUACCAGAUGACGGUUACUCCCGUUUAAACUCGUUAGUAUUUCUCGAUUUGAGCUCCAAUAAUUUCGAGAAGUUAACAGAAAAUUAUUUCAGACCCUGUCCGUCCGUUAAAACGUUGUCCUUGUAUUAUAAUGUGAUAGAGUUCGUGCACCCGGACGCUUUUGUUUCCUUGACGAACCUGGAGUCCCUGGACUUGAGCCACAAUAAAAUCGUGUUCCUCGAAGCCUCGACUUUCAAGUACAAUAAGAAAUUGCGUAGUGUUGAUUUGAGUCAUAAUCACGUGCAUCAUAUAAGUGGAGUGUUCGCCUACCUACCCGAGCUUAAAGAGCUGUUCUUGUCCGAGAAUAACAUAUUGGAGAUUCCAUCGGACGCGUUCACGGAUUCCUCCAAUCUGUCCGUGAUCUACCUGCAACAGAACGCCAUAAGGAGGAUAGAUCCGGAAUCCCUCAGAACCCUGUUCAAUUUAUCCCAGCUUCAUUUGAGUUCGAACUUUGUUCCCUACAUCCCUGGCGAUUUGUUCAAGGAGAAUCGCAAUUUGACUUCGCUGAGUUUAGACAGCAACUGGAUCAGCGAUCUGGAUCCGGGCACUUUCGAGAAGACGUCGAAUCUGAGGGAGAUCCGCCUACAUAACAAUAAAAUGCGACACAUUGCGAGGGGGGUCUUUGAUCCACUGCCGGCCCUGCUGGAAUUGCACCUGCAGAAUAAUCGUAUCGCUACCAUAGAGACUGGAGCUUUUAGGACGUUGCAGAGUUUACAACACGUAAACUUACAGGGUAAUGUUAUCUCCGAAUUGGACGACGUUUUCAUGCACGAAUCUUCGUCUCUGGUCUCCAUUCAACUGGACUCCAACAGCAUAACAUCACUUCACAACGAUUCCUUAAGGGGGCAGUCAAGCGUGCUCAUAAUGUGGUUGGGUCAUAACAGACUGAAAAGACUGGACCGUUCCCUUUUCAGUGAUCUUCUGCUCAUCGAAAGAGUUUACCUAACGAACAACAGCAUUUCAUUUAUCGAAGAACACACUUUCGAGCCUAUGCAAGCUUUACAGUUUCUAGAUCUCAGCAUGAAUCUUCUCACUGCGAUAACGACGAAGACAUUCGCUGAAUUACACAACCUGGAGGAGCUUAUCUUAUCCCAUAAUUUGAUCAGAAUCAUCGAACCCAGGGCGCUAACUAAUUUGAAAAAAUUAAGGAUAUUAGAUUUAUCUUUCAACACUUUGAUGGUCAUUCAUAACUCAGUUCUUCAAGAGGGCUUACCGAUAAGAGUCUUGAAUCUCAAAAACUGCUCCUUAUCCAGGAUCGAACCAGGCGCUUUUAAGGGUCUAAACAAUCUCAACGAACUCAAUCUUGUGGAGAAUCAAUUGACAUCGAAAGAUUUACAACAGUUAGAUAUCCCGGGACUUAGGGUCCUACAAAUCUCCAAUAAUAACUUCAGCGAUCUAUCCACGACCGCCUUGAGCGGUCUACCUUCCCUACAAAUCCUUCACUUAGACAAAUGCGGAAUACGGAAAUUGCCCGAUUCCAUUUUCUCCAAAAACAAAAAUCUACUCAGGAUCGACCUAAGCCACAAUCUGCUAGAUGAAAUGAAGCACUCGAUUUUCUUAAGCCUGAACGUAUUGAAGGAACUGAAGCUCACCGGAAACUUAUUCAAGGAACUGCCAUACAAAGCGCUCCUCAAUAUUUCCACAAUGGAAAUGUUAUCCUUCUCUUUCAAUAGGAUGAGCAAUAUCGAAAUAUCUAGACUGAAUGGAUUACCGAAUUUGAAAGACCUGGAUCUCAAGGGUAAUGUGAUAUCAUCGUUGUCUGGAUUCGCUUCGGCUAAUUUGACACAGCUGUUGUCUGUUGAUUUGAGUGAUAACUUAUUGGUGGCUUUACCAGCGAAUUUUUUCCUACACUCGCCUCUUCUGAGAAGAAUGGACUUAUCAUGCAACAAGUUCCGACAAAUACCCACGUCUGCGUUGUCUGAAAACACUUUGCCAGGUUUGAGGUGGCUGAAUCUGACGGGGAAUCCUUUGAUAAAAAUACACGAUUCCACAAUGUCUCAUCGAUAUCCAUCUUUGGAAGAAAUACACAUCAGUUCGACCAAUCUAACAAUAGUAACCAGCAAAGACUUUGAACCUUUCCCGGCGCUGUUGCAUGUAUAUCUAGGCCAGAAUAGAAUAUCGCGAAUAUCCCCGGGGGCCUUUGGGAGCUUACCUCAUUUACAAACAUUAGAUUUGGGUAUAAACGAGCUCGAAUUGUUACCCCAGGAGCGUUUGCAAGGUCUGAAUCACUUGCGAAUUCUGAAUUUGACCCACAAUAGGUUGAAGGAAUUAGAAGAAUUCCCCACCGACCUUCGAUCGCUUCAAAUUCUGGAUGUAUCCUACAAUCAAGUGGCGAGGAUUGUUAAGGCCACUUUCCAGAAUCUGGAGAAUCUGAACGAGUUGUAUCUUUUCGGAAACUGGAUAUCUGCGGUGUCGAGUGACGCUUUCAAGCCACUGAAGAAGUUGAGGACUUUGGAUUUGAGCAGAAAUUAUCUGGAGAAUAUUCCGUUGAAUGCUUUCAGACCACUGGAAACGCAGAUCAGGAGUUUGAGGACCGAGGAAAACCCCCUUUCGUGUAGCUGCGACUCCCAGGAGCUGUGGGAAUGGUUGCAUGAUCAUCAGAAGCUCGUUAAAAGGACCUCGUCCUUAGAGUUGCGUUGUGAGCAUCCGCCUGAACUAAGAGGUAGAAUAUUUCUCGAACUAGAUCCUGAACAGUUCUGCGAUCAGCCGUUGGUCGUUAAACUUGGCAUUCAAGACAUCCAACCGUUUUCAGUGUUGGUAUCGUGGCAGAGUCGAAAUCAUUCUGGUCUUCACGGAUAUCAGGUGCUAUAUUAUUCGCUGGAUACCAUAGAUGAGAUACGAGGAAAAAUGUUGGAUCGCUCUUCCCGCUCCGUGAGACUUCACAAAUUGCUGCCUGGCACGAAGUACCUGAUAUGUGUUCUGGCUAUGGGCAAUUGGGCCUCGCAACGACGGGAAACUGCAGAAUCGCAUCUAGCCGCGCGUUUACGACCUGACAACAAUAAUUCAAUGGAAGUGUACAGUGACGCGAUGUUGCCAUUGCUCGCGGACUCUCCCACGAGUAAGUGUUCCGAGGUUGCCACAUUGAGCAUGCCAGAUUCCAUGCUGAUCGGUGUUGGUGCCCCUGAACAUGGACUGGGAGGACCACCAUCCAUACUAACGCGCAGACUCGGUUUAAUAAUAGGUUGUUGUAUGGGCUUCAUUGUUUUCAUAGUGUUAGUAUCCAUUCUGGGAUAUCUCAAGGUCAAAAAGCAGAGACAGGCCAUCAAAAGAGAUCAGCCUGGGGUACCUCCGGAGUAUAUAUCGUACAGACAUUUUUCGAUACAAAGUGGAGAAGCAGGCGCCCAUCACAGUACUACUGGAGGACAUCCGCACUUCAUUACGAAUAUGAACACAACAACCAUAAACUAGAAAUGGUAUCACUAAACAGUUUGUUAAUUUUAUACGAUGUCAUACAUUUAUAAGUUUCCUCAACAAUAUUGGACAUUCAGUAAUACCUCCAUUAGUAAACAUGUUUGCACCUACAUGGUAUAUACCACAAAAGGCUUAGAGAAGUACUAAAUUUUUUCAACCUCAUCAAAUUGAACUUUUGACAAUAAGGAAAUCGAAUGAGCUAGACGAUGAAUGCGACAUCUCUCACUUAGUUCAAAAAAUACACUACGUCACCUUUAUCUACUC